AUGGGAAGUAAUGAGUCGAGAUGCUGGUCUCCGUCCUGCUCAGACAAACAGAAGGAAGCUGUCGUCAACAAACAGAGAGACAAUGAAGCAAAAGCCUUCCUCGAGGACGUGAAGGAGACUAAAAGUUCUGUCGGUCCAGAGGAGACGGUGGCUGAUGGCUGUCCUUCUGUCCUCCCUCCAGUCAGCAAACCGAUACUGGACUUGGCUCAGAAGAUGUCGGAGGAUAUCGUUGCUCAGGCUCUGCAGCUCUGCUGGGAGGUGGAGAUCCAAUACAGGGACCUGCCUUUCAUUGACACUGAGUGUGAUUAUGUGAUAUGA